GAUUUGUCUGAUGGCCAGCUGCCUUACCUAACAAGUGAAGCUAUCAGAGAAUCAACACCACCAUUUUCCUUAUUUUCAGCAUACAGUUGUAACAGGCCUACAGAAACACCAUGUGUAUCACAUACGAAACCAAGCAAUGGUGUAUGACAACUCCUUUCCAGCACUCUGGUCCCUACACUCAACCGCCUCGAAAGUUUUCCAAUUUACCAAAGCCUGAUUUUAUGCCGACUUGGCUUGUUCGAAUAUCCGAUAUGCAAAUGGUCCGAGGGUCUACUGUCAACGAAGGAUAUUGCGCUCUUUCUUAUUCCUGGAACCAAUCCGGAGAAACUAUUGUAGACGAGGUUCACGGGAAAAAGCAAACAAGUUGACGAAGGCAGACACAAGAUUGUCUUUGCCGGAAAGAUAAUUGCCACGAAAAUCAAGAGGCCGCAAACGAAUCCCGUCAAAGACAAAAUACGUCGUCUUUGAAGGCAUUAUUCAGCAAAUAGGCAAGGAUUUUAACAUAAAGUACAUCUGGUACGACCAAUGGUGCAUCAACCAAGGUAGCAAGGGAGAAAAACAUCGCGAGAUACGUUUGAUGCGCCCACUGUGCCGUUGUACUAUUUGCCCGAAUUUCAAAGCUGCUCAUCGCCAAAAGGAGAUAAUAAUGUGGAUAACCGUGCAAUGGACAGUCAUUAUCAGAUCAAUAGUUCUCAAUGGCUCACUUGCUUAUGGACCCUGGAGGAGGCGCUUCUAUCACAAAGACUGCUCUUUGUCGGAC